AUGCCUUACGGUGGCAAUGAGUUGACAUAUGCUAGUCCUAAUAUCGAGGACUACACGUUAGAUCACAUCAGAUAUGUUCACCUCGACAAGGGGCAACGCGGCCAUCUCGUGCCAACACAGAGGCUUGGUGCGUUAGAGCUGCUCCACAUGGUUCUUAUUCAGCUUGAUAUACCAUCAUUAACCGCCUUUCGACGCGUUAAUCGACGAGCUACAUCGAUCGUAGACUUGGUUCCUCAAUACAAAGCAAUCACAACGCACGCGCCAGUUACACUUUGGGGGAUCUUCACUAUUGGGACCGGUCGGUGGAUUUCUUGUCAGGACCUUUAUGAAAAGCUUUCGACGGCCGAAUGCGAGAGCUGUGGUGAUUUUGGCGGAUAUUUGUAUCUGAUUACAUGCUGCCGUGUUUGUUUUCUCUGCUUCACUGUGAAGGCCGACUAUCUUCCACUACGGCAAGCAGACGCGACUCGAAAAUUUGGACUUGACCGUUCUCAUCUGGAGAACCUGCCUACAAUGAAGACUGUUCCCGGCUAUUAUUCACCACGAGAAAUUAAACUCCGGGAUCGACUCACGUUAGUCGAUUAUAGGGCUGCGCGGCGAACCGGAAUUGCUAUACACGGUUCCGAAAGCAAAAUGAACGAGCACUCGGUACAUAUACAGGCUAAGAAGUUGGAAAAAUACAAUCUACGGAGAUCUAAGCAUACGGCAGGUGCUGCAAACCCAAACCCGCGUCGACCUAGAACCGAGGAUGAAUUUGAUGGGUACUCGUCUAACCCUAAACGAUUCGUGGCAAUUGUCCGCGCCCCUUUCCUUAAUCCUGGUGCUACAUCCCUUGAAUGGGGGUUUCAUUGUUCAGCUUGUAGAUCCCACCACUAUAAUCGACCGCUUCAUUGGCGAAGGAAAUUCACCAAAGAUAGCCUCAAAGCCCAUAUCGAGGAGUGCGGGGAGAUUGUAGACGGGAAGCAUGUGCGACAACAAUUAAUUUGA